AGGUACUUCGGUCUAAUAUAUCUUGAAAGUUUCCAGAUCCGGUCACGAAAUCAGAAUUUACCGAAUUUCUGCCCUUCAUGUCCUCUGAAUUUAUCCGAAGAUCUUUCCGAUCGAUCUUCCGCUAAUUUUUCAGUUUCAAAGAUUAAUCACCCGAGCCUAAAUGCCCUCGAGCCCACUUAUGAUUUUUGACGUGUCAGGCGAUGGCAAUUUCUUUUGUUCCGUAUUGUACCGUCACCUAGAAGGUUAAUUACCUGCCAGCUUUUAUCCGCAGCACAAGACAUGCCUUCAAUUUCAGCCGCAAUCACGGGAAAACUGAAGGGAAAAUCGGUCCUCCCCGAGAUAUCGGCCGGCAGCCUUUGGCUUAGCUUUAAAUCGGUCUUCGGUCUGAACGGGCGACCUCACAGUCGAGUGCGAGACGUCGCGCAAGUAACAUCGUGUUCCAUGUCGCGUCCUAUUUCCUCAACGAAUUUUCGUUCGAUUUUUCAACGAUCAUCCUUCGAAAUUAUUAUUAUUGCGCGAUUUCGAUACUCUUUAAACGUUUCGAGAACGAUCGAAGAAUACAUAACGAAUAAACGAAUAGCUAAUUUGUUUACGCGGGAAUUUUCAGAUAACGGGGUCGAACUGCAAACACGUUUGUGUUCGGUAUAUUAGACCUUUCGAGCCCUAAGGACGAAUACUUACAUAAAAGCGACGGCCCGGCCGAUACGGAAAACUGGGAAAUAUUUUCGAACUGUCUUCUUUCAAAUAGCCAAGAAGCGCGUGGGUAGACCUACCGCAACAAGUCUUUCGAUAGCAUCGUUGCUGUUUUCCUUUCCCUCCUGCGAGUAUUAUCCUUUUCUGGUUCGUCAUACAUAGACAUUAAUCGUUCCGUUAUAUAGUAAAAGAAAGCCAAAUAGCAUAUUUAGUGCAAAGUGUACGGACAAAAGUUUUGGUCAGCGUUCACGGCCAACCUGUUAGUCAUGUGGGAACGGUAAAAACCGUUCAGGCAGGAACUCUGGAAGAGCAGUUUCUCGGAAACGGUCGUCAGAAUAGUAAUAACGAUGUAGUGAAACCUGCUUCUCGUCGCUGCACAAGGAUACGCGGUGUUUCAACGAUCGUUCCUUUGAUCGUUCGUGCGUUGUGAUGUCUGCCGAUUUUACUAACGGUGCGUCCUUACGUGUACACGCAAAAUGAUAUCCUGCUCGAAAAUAUGUUUUCGCGAUUUUUUCAUCGCAACGUUCUGAGAUCAUUGGAAGAAAAGAGAAGGAAAAAGAGAAGAAAUUUCUAAGGCGAUAGGGACGAGUCGUUUGUUUGCGGGAUCAUGCAGCGAUUUUGGAACGUUUCCGGAGGAUGGAGUGAUCGAAAGACAGGCAUGAGUGCAGUUCUGAUGAACGGGCUCCUAAUGCUGGGCUUCGUCGUAGCGACCAUGCGGGACACGAUGGUCCUUGGAUUUUCCGGGCCAACACUAGUCAUGGAUCAGGACAUCCCUUCGAGGAUUUGCAAGUACAGCAGGGGGUAUUCGAUGAUCCAAGUUCAUUGCAAGAAUUUAGGCCUCGAAUGGAUUCCUCCGCAUUUGAAGACGGAAAUUCAGGUGCUGGACGCGUCUGUGAACAGAGUGCGAGUGUUGACGAACGACAGUCUGGCGGCGUACACGAAUCUCGCCUAUGUUUAUCUGAGCGACAAUUUCAUCCAGGAGAUCCAGGAGGGAGCAUUCGAUAAUCUACGAUACCUGAGGGUGAUCGAUCUGUCGACAAACGGCUGCGAUUCCCUUCCCAAGAGUCUCUUCCAGUUACCGUAUCUCCAAAAGAUUUAUCUAGCCAAAAAUAGACUGAGCGACGACCUAUUCAAAAACAUGGAAGUGAAGUCUCCGUUGAUCUUCUUGCAGCUAGCGAAGAACAGGCUUAACAAGAUACCACAGCUGGGUCCGCUUCCCACGCUGUUGCACCUGAACGUUUCGGGCAACAGCAUUGCCUCUGUUUCUCCGGAGGAUCUGGCUUCCUUCUGUUCUUUACAGAUCCUUGACUUAUCUAAAAAUCCGAUCAAAUUCGACGCGAAUAGCUGCGAGUGCCAGACGUUGAACGCGUGGCUGAGCAUCCGCGGAAUUCAUUCGCGACCAGUCUACAACUGCACCGAAGAGCACGAAAGGGGAUGCACGAAACCGGAGUUCAGCAAUAGAACCACGGAACUGUACGAGCAGUGCUCGGAAAUACAGCGAUUGAAAGAGGAGACGAAAAAGGCCAGGUACAUGUGGAUAUUGAUCGCCUGUUGCAUCUCUGGCUUCCUCAUCUGUCUGUUCAUUAGCUUGUUUUGGGUGCACAAGAGAAACAAGCGGAAGAAGAAGCUGAAGGAAGAGCAGAGGCUAAACGCAAACAACGCAAAUACCGAGUUACUCAACAGUAAUUUAAACCAAUCGGAAAACACUUGAAAUCUGGUCAUAGCGUCUAGUUGUCAAACAGAGGUACCUACGAUCGAUUCGAUUCUAUGUUCGAUCGACAAAAAACGAACAAAGUGAGAAACAGGAAGACGAGAAGCAGAUGUUAGUUCGUCUGGCCCUUAAAACAAAGAAAAAGACGUAUGUCGGAGCGAUUUUUUUUUCUAGAUAUAUGCUGAUAUGUAUAAGGUGUUACGUGAGACUUCGAUCUUUCAUCAAUAUGAGAGUAUCCCGUAACAUGUGUGAUCUAAUAAAAAACGGAAGCGAUGGCGAAAAAUGUAGUAGGUAGAAAAUGCGGAAGAAAUUACUUUUGCGAGGCUUCGCGUUCAAGGAAACCGAUACGAAAACUUGCUUCCAACGUAUGUCGAUUCGCGAACGUACAGAAGGAUUAAAACGGAUGUUGUCCCUGCUCGUAUUCGCACAGGAUAACCUUGCGAUAAGUUAUACUACGGGAAUAUUAGAUUGCAGAAAUUCGAUCGAACGCAUCGUGUAUUCGCCUGCGAAUUUCUAGUAUCGGUUUCCUGGAAUCUGAAGGCCUCGUUUCUAUGAGUUUCAUUCGGAAUUUGCGAGAUCGAUUUGCGAUCGGUUCGAAACAGCGAAGACGCCCCCAUCGAAAGAUUUUGAAUAUCGGACGGAGGAAGGGUAGAAUUAUUCAGAGGCAUCUAAGUACUUACCAAUGUUCUUGCGAUCAUGGAAAUGCGUUAAGUCGUGAAAUUAAACUGUAAGAAGUUUACAAGGACAAGAAAUUCGGACGGAAGAGCAAAGUAUAAAAUCACGAUUGCGUACACAAAUAUUCCUACACAAAAUAAAUAACCGUGCGAUCUCGGAUUAUGAUUCUCGUUUAUGAUUAUGAUUAUCGUUAAUCUAUGAAUUUAAUCGAAAACCGAUAUCACGAAUUUCCGUCGUUUGUCCUGUUUCUACUACCUAACGCUAAACAACGACUCUGAUCGUCGUACGCGAUAUCAAAAUUUCGAUAUACAUACAUACGUGUUAUUAUUAUCGCAUAGUUGUUGAAGCUAAUGAAUGUUAUACAAUCAUAAAUCAGAUACGUAAGUUUCUGGAAAUGAGAUUCGUAAAGUUCAAUAGAAGAUGUGUUAUCAAUUCAGAUGCUUAAUUGACGCCUUGAUGAUACAUACUACGUAUACAAUGUAAUUCUCAUCACAUGCGUCUUUUAAACGGACUCUUCGUUUCAUCGCUUGAGAACGUAAUGUCGGUAUAAGUUAUAUUGUAUGUAUAUGUUGUGUGUGUGUGUGUGUAUAUAUAUAUAUAUAAUACACACAGCACACACACAAAAUAUAUACUUAUAUCCAAUCUUAUAUACAUACUUAUAUUGUAUGCACGAGCAAAUACAUAUGUAUGUAUGUAUAGUCAUGUUGAAUACUGCGUUUAUUGAUAUUUAAUGAAAAAAAUAUUUUCUAUUAUUUUUACGUUCGUUUUCAAAAGUAUUUAUGCCUUUUUUAACCUCAAAUAUAUUCAUUAUAAUCAAAAAUUUAAAUUUAACAUAAUUUUAUGCUUUUUACAAAAAGUGCCAAAUGUCGUCAAUGCAUUGUGUAUAAAUUUCCUAGUCUCAAGUACGGCCUACAAAGGGAAAAAGUAAAUGAUAAAAAUGCUAUGUUAUGUCCAGCUCUCUGAUACUAGUUCUUCGUAUUUGUACAAUUUCCUUAGUUAUUCUUUUUAACCACAUAAAAUAGAUGACACAUUAUCUGAACAAAAUUGUUGAACUUUUCGAGGAUUAGUAACAAUGAUGAAGAGACGAAGAACUAUGAAUUGCGAAAAAUCCGAGAUGAUAGUAUAAGACCAAAUUUUGAACUAACAAUAAGUAUGACACGAAGCUACAACCUGCCAAUCGAUAAAUGUCCUUUCUAUAUGUAUGCGUUAAGUAUUUAAACUUAAACUAUACUUGUAAUACAUUUCUAUUGAAUUUUCUUUUACUUUCAAUACGUGCGAUGAUAUAUUGUACAAAAGUGUUACCGACAGUUCGAUAAAUUCCAUGAAAUAAAACUUAACUCUAGUCGA